AAUUUAAAAGCGAAAACGUUAAAAACGAUAAAGAAUUACUAAAAAACUAAAAUUUUUUAAAUUUUAAAAAUAUGAUAAAAUAUUGGAUUUUAUAUAACAAUUAAUUUUCUAAAUAAUAAAUUUUUUUUUUCAAAUUUUCAUAAGAAGUAAUAAACGACUUUAAAUCACUUAACGUAUCAAUUUAGGUUUACUUUAAAAUGUAUUGGGCAAGUUCAAAAUUUUUGGUGUUACUAACAGUGUUAUUCAGUUCUUCAAAAGCUCAAGAAAAUGCUGAACGCAAAAUUGCACCAGGUUUAAUAGAAUGUUAUCUAGAUCCGUAUCUAUCAAUUAAAGAUAAUUUAUUACCACAUACGAUUGAGACAUUAAUCGAAUUAAUACGUAAAGUUGAAAACGCUCCAGGAUCAACUGAAAGCAUAUCUCAGCUAUCAGUAAGCUUACUUCACCGUUUUCGUCAGGAUGGUAUUGUUCAGCAAAAAGAUGUCAGUGCUAGCAGUGUUGUUCUGCCAUAUAGUGCAUCAGAAUACCAAUGGGGUAAACAUCACUUGAUAUUGAAAAAAUUAUUGCCUGGAAAUGCUGUAAAUUUUCCAAAUGUAACAUUAUCAGCUGUUGAACGCUGUACGUUACAUUCAAUGUUGUCGUCUUCAGUAAAUUAUUAUCGACGAGGUGAUGAAGGACAAGUAUGUAAUAAGUUGGCAAAUUAUAGAGCACUUCGAGUCCCGAGAGAAAUUCAACAAUCAAAAUAUUUAAAAAAAGUUGCUUUUGGAGAUUUAGACGAUAAUGAAUGGGAAAGGGAACCAAGAAAUAGCGACAAACUUCGGAUGGAUGAAAAUGAAGAUUAUGGAGAUGAGUACGAUGAUACCAAUGUAGACACAAAAGAACACGUUGAUACAAUUAACUUUGCUGCUGGAGAUAUAUCCGAAUGCCCUGUUGAAAAUGGGGUUGUUAAAACUAUUUGGGGUACUAUUUCUCCGGGAAAUGUAAUAAGUGGUAUUGCAACUGGUUUGCAGAAUCAAAAGGUACCACUCAGUUUGUUGAUGGGUGGAAAGAGGCGUUCUAACCAGCAAAACUUUUAUGUUGAUAAUAGAUGGGCUUCAACACUAUCUGGCGAUUUAGCAGAAGUCUUAUUGCGUCAAGUUGCUCCCAAUCCAAAUAACAUAAAUAUUGGUGCACCUGGAGCUUGGAAUAGUAGCGCUUUACCAAAGUGGUAUUUCUUAACCCAACGGGAAAAAUAUGAAAUGACUGAUGCUGAAAUUCGUGGUGGAAUUGAUGGUUUAAUAAUAGCACAAAAUAUUAAAGAGUGGCAAGGCAAAGCUCCAAAUUUAAAAUUAAGUCAAGUAUUAGAAAUGUACUAUUCACAAAAAGGUGUAUUAGAUAGUGGUAUAAAAGCAUGUGAUCGCAAAAAGUCUUUUGCAAUGGUAAAACCAGAUGAACUGAAAAAACAAACAGCAGCAUUUGCCAAACUUUUACAAGAUUUCGUCGCACGUGUCACAAUAAAAGAUGAUGGCUUCGGUCAGCUCUCUGAUUUAGCUGUAAAUGCGUUAUUAAAAUAUGUUUCUGAAUCUUUGAAUGAUGUAUCAUGCGAAUCAAGUACACCAAAUCCAAAUUUGAUUGACACUGAAAUAUCAACUGAUUUAAUUAUUUUUAUUGAUACGGCUUGGCCCUAUAAAGAAAUUAAAGAUUUGGUCGGAUACAUAUUGACUCAAAUUAAUUUGAAUGUAAAAGCAUCAAGUGUAGCAAUGUUCGAUGCUAGUGAAGCUAAUAAUAUAUCAUCAACAACCUCUGACCUUUCGACUGUAUUUGAAUCUUGGAAUGCUGAAGAUUAUCAAAGACGACGUCAAGGUAUUAGCUUGUCUAAAGUUUUCACAAAACUGUUGAAUGUAACAAGCGACUAUUUAAACUACGAAAAAGGUAAUUCAUCUGCGGGUGGAAGUUCUUUAGUUGGCCUUAUUAUUCCAUAUACUAGUGGUAUUAAUGAAGGUGAUUCAAAUUCAGCAUGGGAAAGAUUGCAAAUAUUAAGGGACAUUGUGCCUGAUGUUAGAAUAUUAUUUUUUUCACAAGGACCUGUAGCACGAUUUGAAAGAUUUGUUAUCGAUAAAAAAAAGGAUUUAAUACCAGCUCAAAGUUCAAGUGAUCCCGUUUCAGUUGCUAAACCAAUUAUUGAUAGAAUUAAAGAAUUAUCUCGUCGUAUUAUUAAUCCACGUUGUGGAGUUACCUGGGAUAGUUCAGAAACUGGUAUAAUAUCAUUAAAGCAAUGCGUUUCACCUGGUUCUACAAAAUAUUAUCGAUUAAUACCAAACUAUUUCUUUAGUGAAAACGGUAAUCGUAAAUUGAAAAUUCAAUCACCAGCAGGUACAUCAACUAUUACAGUUUGUGUGACACGUCGAAGAGAAAAUCCAAGAUCUAAUGUAACAAUCGAUAAACCUGAUGAUUUGGACUGUAAACAAAUCAUUACAAAUGCAUUUGAAUUGGAUUUGAGGAAUCCAUGUUAUGAUUUUUAUGAAAUUAAUAAAUGUGAUCCAUACUAUAUAUCAGUAGAAGCAAGUGAAGAUGUAGGAAAUGGAAAUUUGUUACCAGACCCAGAUUGUAAGAAUCCAAAUGACAUUCCAUUUAAAAUAACAUCAGAACAUUUAACUUGUCAUAGCGGUGUAGAUCGUUUACUUAAAAAUGGUUAUUUAUUAAUUAUUUUAUUUUCAUAUUUUUUGGUAAUAAGCUAUCGUUCUUAAUUUUAAUGAAUAUUGCUUUUUUAAUGUUUCACUAAUUAUAUUUAGCGAAAAUUAUUUUGAAAAGAAAGAAGAUUAAAAAGAAAUUUAAUAGUUUUAUUUAAACUAUGUAGAAAUUGUUUUUCCUUUUUUAACUUCAUAAAAUAAUUUUUUUUCAGAAAAUGACAAAUAAAUUUAAAGAAAAACAUACAAGUAAAAAAUUUGAAAUAUUCAACCACAAAAAUGCAUCUUAUUUUUUGUUUUUAAAGUUUAAUUUUAAGUUUUAAUUAUUUUAUAUUAUACAUACAUAUUA